AUGGCAGUCGACCAUCUGAUAGCUCCAUGUAAACUCUCUUUUCUGAGUAUAUCUUGGAACAAAUUCAGAUGAAUAAAGGUUCUAAGAAACCGGGUCAAACCCGAGUUUUCGAUUACAACAAAAAUGCGUGAUAAUUCCUACUCUGAGAAAAAAUACAAGGUAAGAUAAGCGUCCACGUCUUGGAUUCUUCAGUUUCGAAAGAUUUCCUGCGCUAGUGCACGCGAUUUUCUUCAAGAAAAACAAGUUCUGCAGGAUGAAAAUCCCCCGUGAUCCAAUCCAAAACCCUUAACGUUGACUGUGGAAGAAGAGAAAUGGGUUUGUAGUUAUUGUACCUCAAAGAUGAGCCUAAAGUUUUGUUAAAUGACGUCAAUAAAAUAGUUAUUGGGGGUGGGUACAUGAAAACUACAAUAAAAUAAGAUUAAGAUAUCGUAGUACUACCCCCCAUCUAUAACAUACCAAUCAGCCAUGGUUGAUAACCAGACCCUACCUCCCUCUUCUCCAGACCCUAAACAACCAGUCCUCAUGGAAGAAGGUCAACUCCAUCCUCAACCCCAAUUCCUCCUCACCUGGUCGACAUGGGGGUAGGAGAGAGAAAGCAAGAGAGAGAGAGAGAGAGAGAGAGAGUCCCCCCCACCAAUUAGUCAUUGAGAUGACGUUUGCCUUACCUAUUGGCAAGAAAUUAACAUAUUUUAUGAAAUAUUGAGAACCAAGUUCAUAAAGUAGUCUGCUUUCCUAAAGACAAUCUGUGGGUCCAUCAUUAAACUUCCCGUUAUUCCUCUAUCGUCCUCACUCACGGGUGGAACUUAAAUAAAAAAUAAAACAAUAGAACGAUUAUGCAUAUCAUUAUUGUCCCCUAAAAAUUAUAAGAACAUAGCGCACUAAUAACGGGUCAUAAUAUCGCGUGAUCUGCUAAAAAAACAUUCGGUAAUCACCAAAACAAUGGUUCUAAAAAUAUAUCUAUACUUUAGAUUGAACGAGAUAAAUUAUAUAAAAAAAUAGCACGCGAAAAGCACGUGUGCUAUCCUCGUGAGCAAUGAGCUUAAAAUACCAAUAUCUUCUCCGAAUCUUGGUCAAACAAUCAUCAUCUCAUUGCACCGACAACCUGUUCCUAAUGCUGCCAACGCGGUCCCGUGUCGAUGUACAUGGAAGCGGUGAAACCAACCCUUCUAAGCGUGCGCCUCUCGUCCGCCCAGAACUAUAAGAAAGGCGGCGGCGAUGCUGGCGCAGACAGACUGCACCGUCUGUUUUCCGACGAUCUGCUCGGCGACGCCAACAUGCCAGGAACCGAUGAGGACGCCGGAGUCCUUCGGAGCGCCGCCGUGGCGCCGGGUACGCGUCGCCCACCUUCCGAUGGCGCCCGGAUCGUAGACCCCUCGCUCUAUAGAGACGAGGAGAGGAUGAAGACGGAGCUCAUCUUGUGGGCUAAGGCCGUCGCCUUUGACGCCGUCUGUUCUUCAAGGCUUCCUCGCCAUGCGUAA